AUGCAGGAGAUGCAGGAGCUGGACAAGGACGACAGCCUGUGGAAAUACGUGAAGGUGCUGCUGGAGACUACAGCAGAACAUGUGACAAAAUAUUUUGGAAAAGGUAUAAGAAAGGGACCAUUCAGGACACAAUUCAAGAGUCGUACAGAGAUUGAAACAGAACCUAUAGCAAAUGUUGUUGGAAGAAGUGUAAUAAAGGGACCCAGCAAAUUGCAGUUUAAGAGUCACCCCGAGAUUGAUACAGAACCCUUGACAGAUAUCAUUGGAAAAAGCGUAAUCAAGGAGUCCAUCAAGACACAGCUAAAGAGCCAUCCUGAGAUCUAUGCAGAACACUUGGCAGGUGCCACUGGAAUUGGUAAAAUAACUGGUGACAUCAAGUUUCAACCAAAGGGUUACCCAGGUGUCAAUUUACUUAGAAACAGAGGUGUACUCACACAAGAAGAUAGUUUUAUCAAGCCCAUUGCACCAAUGAAGUUAACCAAAUCAGCUUUGGACCACAAAGUCCAGAACGUGGAUAAGUCUAACAUCGAUGACCUGGAGGAAUCAAAAUCUGGUACAAGCUUAUUUAAAUACAAGAAUAGUUCCGUAGAAUAUCGUGAUAGUAUUUUUUCAAGACGCAUUACACCAAGUAAAUUCCCAAUGAAUGUGAUCAACUUAUCUCCUUUUGUAAAUCAAGUACAAUCUGGAAAUGUGAAAGUAAAGCAAAAGACUGUUGGAUUUACAAAUGUUCUGCCUGCUAUGAUCUCUGUGUCUAAGAAGCCCAUUUCUAAAGCAUUACAUACCACCAGACGGAAGUCUUCGGCAUAUCCACACUUCAAAGAAUGAAGUGAAUUCUGAGCAACAUAAAGAACAUGAACAAAUCCAUGGACACAGCAUUGAACAUUUCAUAUGUGACGGUCUCCUAAAUAUAAUGCAUAGCAGUUUCACAAAGGAAAGAAAGAGAAUUGAAUGACCAAAACCUGACCGAUGAGUGUAAGUG